GGAACCAAAGUUGUAAAAAGCGGAGUCGAACUCUAAGAGCAUCUCCAACGGCGUUGGUUAUAAUCGUUGGCUAAAUUGAACCUGUAAGAUAUUAUGUAAAAUUUGCUGAACCCGUAAAACAUUUUGCUUCAAUGGUAUUGGCUAUAUUAGUUGGUUAUAAUUUAAAAAGAGUAUGUUAUUAAUAUUUUAUAUUGUUAAAAUAGAAUAUAUCAGUUCAGUAUAGUAAUAAAUGAUGUGCAAUUUUUCUAUAGAUUUCUUACAGACCUGUAGAGGUUCGACAAAUUUAGCCAUCCAUAGGAGGUUGGCUAAAUUUAUAGACAACAGCUGAGCAUGGUUGGAGUUGAGUUUUUCGCACUGUUGGCUAAAUUUUUUUAUUUUAGGUAUGCCAAUUCACCUUUUAACCAAGGGCUCUCAAUGGUUGGAGAUGCUCUAACCACGCUUUUGUAAUGUUUAAAGUUCGACCACAAAUUUGCAAAUUGGUCUAAACUUCAGCCACACUCUUGGGAUUUACUCGCACAUUUUAUGUUCAAAUUUUAUCUUCAAUAACAAAUAAAUAUGUGUAUUCUAAUAAACGUUUUAAAAUUCUGUUUGAGGAGAUUAUUUGAAAGUCAAUUUGACUCCCAAAAUAUUUCCCCACCAUUUUGUCAAUUUCAUAUCACAUAAAAUAUUAUCAAAUUGAUCGUGUAUCAUAUUUUCAAGCGAGUUUCAAACCAUUAUGACAAAUUAAUUUACUGUCCUGAUGACAUCCAUGUUAGAGAUCUAGCACUUCUGUACAUGCCAACGAGGUGGUAUAUGAGACUGUGAGCUGUUUAUUAAUAGCACCAAAAGUUGAUACUCAUAAAAUAUUGCGGGGUUAUAAUUUAGAAAUGAAAAGAUGUGAUACAUGAGUACUCACACUUUUAUAAAGAUGGAGAUCAUGCUCGAUCUUCAGCCUUAAGCUUCAACUUUAUAUUUGACAAUGCUUAUUUUGUUUUGGUAUAAAUCAUCAGAGAAAUGUUACAUAUUAAAUUAUGUUUAAGUGGUUUUUUCAAAUAACGUGACAAAUAAAUGUUUAAUUUAAAUUGAAGAUUUAUAUCAUUAUUAUUAAUAUGAGUGUAACCAAUCAAACAUUGUCGGUCGAGAAAAAAUUUGAAAACAAUUUUUGAUAUAGCUUACAUUUUUCGGAUCAUUAAUUGCGACUCCCUCCAUCUCAGCAGGUUGUUUACGUUCACUGUUUGCACGCAUUUUGAGUCUCUUAUAAAGUAUAGUUCAAUAAUGUUUUCUAAUUAAUUUAAAUGUCAAAUUUUUAUUCAGAAAAAAAAUUGAAAAAACAUUAAUAUUGUUCGAUAUGAACAUAUAGUUAUACUUAUCGAUCGGAAUGAAGUAAAAGCAACUUCCAAGCAAAAGAAUGUUUUGUGCAACUACAUGCAAGGAAGCUUAACUUGAGCUUUUUCAUGAGAAAAAGCAUAUAAUCUACAAAAGACAACCCUUUCUUUAUUAACAAUCAAUACCCUCCCCGGUUUCUACAUAUAUGAAAUAUAUCUUUUGUGUAAGAUUAAUUGUUACCACUUGUCAUUUUUACAAACAAGAAAAACAAUGAAUGUAUUUCUUCUUCUGAUUCUUAUUUUACCCUGCCAUACAGUCCUCUCUCAUGCUCCAGUUUCAGAGAACCACGAAAACCCAGCCAUGCAGGCCUUGAUUGAUCAAGCUUGCAUGAACAUCAAAAACCACACUUCCUGCCUCUCCAGUGUCCGAUCCAAGAUUAAUCCCCACACAAAACAUCAAAACCGUAACUCCAUCCUCAAAGCCGCCCUCGAAACCACACUCGACGAGACGCGGCGAGCCAUUGAAACGGUCACCAAAUUCCACACUUUAUCCGUGAGCUCCCGCGAGCAAAUUGCAAUACAAGACUGCAAAGAAUUACUCGAUUUUUCGGUCUCGGAACUAUCAUGGUCUUUGCUGGAAAUGAAGAGCAUCCGAGCUGGCUCCGGAAACAAGCACUACGAAGGUAACAUGAAGGCGUGGCUCAGCGCUGCCUUGAGUAACCAAGACACGUGCCUCGAAGGAUUCGAAGGCACGGAUCGACAUCUGGUCGGUUUUAUCAAGGGGAGUCUAACGCAAGUCACGCAGCUUAUUAGUAAUGUUCUAGGUUUGUAUGUUCAGUUACACAGCACACCUUUUAGGCCUGGUAGAAAUGUUACAUCGUAUAACGUUGACAUGGAUUUUCCGAAGUGGAUUACUGAUGGUGACAGAGAACUUGUGCUUUCGGGGCAGAAUGGAAUGCAUGUUGAUUUCGUGGUGGCUGCGGAUGGCACGGGGCAUUACAGAUCGAUUUCGCAAGCGAUUUAUGAAGCGCCGAGUUAUAGUAAGAGGAGGUUUGUGAUAUAUGUGAAGAGAGGGGUUUAUAGGGAGAAUAUUGAUAUGAAGAAGAAAAAGACCAAUAUUAUGCUUGUAGGGGAUGGAAUUGGAGCCACCAUCAUAACCGGUAAUAGGAAUUUCAUGCAGGGUUGGACUACAUUCCGAACAGCUACUGUUGCUGUAUCUGGAAAAGGAUUCAUAGCAAGAGACAUUACAUUCCGAAACACAGCCGGCCCCCAAAACUUCCAAGCUGUCGCCCUCCGUGUCGACUCUGAUCAAUCUGCAUUCUACAGGUGCAGCAUGGAAGGCUAUCAAGACACACUCUACGCUCACUCUCUCCGCCAAUUCUUCCGUGAAUGCAGCAUUUACGGCACCAUAGACUUCAUCUUCGGCAACGGUGCUGCAGUCCUCCAAAACUGCAAGAUUUUCACAAGGGAACCAUUACCACUCCAAAAGGUCACCAUCACAGCCCAAGGCCGGAAAAGCCCGAACCAGAGCACGGGCUUCUCGAUCCAAGAUAGUUAUGUUUAUGCGACCAAGCCCACCUACUUGGGAAGACCAUGGAAGCAGUAUUCCAGGACUGUUUUCAUGAAUACUUUUAUGACAGCACAGGUCCAGCCCAGAGGGUGGCUAGAAUGGUAUGGGGACUUUGCUUUGGGUACGUUGUGGUAUGGGGAAUAUAAAAAUUAUGGGCCGGGUGGGUCGCUGUCUGGACGGGUUCCGUGGCCCGGUUAUCAUAAGAUUACGGAUCCUUCUACUGCUAGCUUUUUUACUGUAGGACGUUUUAUCGACGGGAGGGCAUGGCUGCCGGCUACUGGCGUAAAAUUCUCAGCUGGUUUAGCAAAUUAAUUAUAUCAAUAUCGACUAGAUACAAAUUAAUACCGAGUUUCUUUCAUCACUUUAUCUUGAAGACACCCCUUGUUUCUCCUCGAAUAUAUUCUUUUUAAGAUGAUUAGUUAUCAAUUUUCAUUAUCUUCUUAUAAC